AUGAUGUUCUCAAACUCAUUAACCCAACUGCAAUGGUGGAAGACCCUUAUCACACCCGUACAAUUCUCCCACGAACAAAUCCCAGACCUUUCUGGUAAGGUUGCCAUCGUCACCGGAGCAAACUCCGGCCUUGGCUAUGCUACCACCGUCUCCCUUGCCGCCCACGGGGCCCAUGUCUUUCUGGCCUGCCGCAACGAGGAGCGAGCGACAGAAGCGAUUGCGAAGGCUCGAAAGGAGAUCAAGGAGACGUACCCCAAUUCCCCGGAACCAAAGCUAGAGUUUUUGGAACUGGAUUUGAAUGAUAUGCGCAAGACGAGAGAUGCGGCGAAUGAGUUUUUGGACAGAGGGCUUCCACUUCAUAUAUUGGUUUGUAAUUCGGGGAUUAUGGCGAUUCCGUUUGCGUUGAGUGCUGAUGGGAUCGAGAGCCAGUUCGCUGUCAAUCAUAUGGGCCACUUUGUCUUCACAACAAUACUGCUCGACCGGCUCAAAUCCUCUCAACCCUCCCGCAUUGUUCUUCUCUCCUCCAUGGCACACGAAGCGACCGUCGAAUCCGGCAUCGACUUCCUCACCCUGAACGAUCCCUCCAAAAGCACGUCCUUUUCCAGAUACGGUCGCUCGAAACUCGCCAAUAUCCUCUUUGCCAAGGCCCUGGCGCGUCGUCUCAGCAACGAGCGUGUCUACGUCAACGUCGCCCAUCCAGGAUACGUCAACACGAACCAGAUCAAGUAUACGAAGCGAGAAUUCAAGGAUCGGGUGACCCAGGCAUUCUCGGAUUUGGUGGCGAUGGCGCCCGAGAAAGGGGUGUUAACGCAGUUGUAUCUGGCGACGAGUCCCGAGAUCGAGAGCCGGGAUAUUAGAGGGAGGUAUUUUAUUCCUAUCGCGAAUGAAAUCCAGCCGAGUUCUUAUGCGCAUGAUGAGGAGUUGCAGGAAAAACUGUGGGCGUUUAGUGAGGAUUUGGUCCGCGAGAAGAUUGGCGCCCAAGGACCUUAA